UACGUUGUUCCAAGAGCACUAUGUCAAGUCAUGAGUCUAUAGUAAAGCUACUCGAGCGUAGCCGAAAGUUGAGACAGAGAACGGACGCCAUGGUGGCAGAUCGGAGAAUGCAAUCCCUCCAACCGCAAGGGGAUGUGCCACCACGCCACCAACGGCUAGACAACAUACUGGCCGAGAUCAGAACUGAAGUGAAAGACCUGCAAAAAGAAGACGCAUCUCUUAUGCUACAGAUGCAAAGACUCUAUACAGACAUGAGAAAGGUAUCAGAUGAGUUGUCAAGAGAACCAAGUCUAGAAAGCGUUACCGAUCUGGAACGAGACAGGGAAGGUCAGACAGACAGAUACCUACCAAGUGCGUCGCCUUCCUUUCAGCUCGACCGACCGAUCAUUCGAAUAGAUGACGAAGAACAUCCUGUCUACGGUCGUUUGCAUCGACGGAGGUCAAUGUCGACAGGCAACUUAUCUGUCUUUUCAAGCCCUCUCAGCAUGUCGACAACGACUUCCGACGACAGCUCGGAAGUACAUGAAGAUAAUACGCCCGAUGAUGAUCUAUGCAUGUGCGCCGAAUGCGAAGAAAAGCGACAAGAAACGUUGUGUCUACCGCCCGCUCCUGUAAGACCCCGUGCUCUGAGUGCUGAACCUGUCAGUAGAAGACUGUCUCCCAUACGACGGCUACUGAAGGCCGCCAGAUCUACGACUUCUUUGAGUCGCAAAGUGAAACGUAGGCAUUCUAGCCUUGCUACGGACGAUUGCGUCGAUCCGAUCUACGUGUGAGUCGGUUUAUCUUACAAAUUACGCAGAACCUGCGUGGAGGGACAGAAUAUGGUGAAAGCUGCCACCCUAGCAGGUGCAGAUGUCAUAUAUAUUUUGAAUAAUUCAUAAUUUAGAUUCUAUUAGUAGCACAGUGUUUCUCUUCCUAGUAAUUGACUAGACAGGAAUUGCAAAUUGUCACAAUGUAAAA